GACACUUAAGCAAAUGUGUUUGUUUGAACUUUGUUACCACUUGAUUAAUUUUGUUAUUGACAUCAACUCUCUUAUUUUGUAUGUGAUUGCUAUUUGUCUGUUUUUAACCUUGUGUCAUUAACAUUAACCUUGUGUGUGUAAGCACAAUGAUAUCUUGGCCAAGUUCCAUGCAGACAGGGUCAUGUGAGUUCAGAGAUGCAGUGAAGGAUGAUCUGAAGCCAAAGCAAGGGGACCAGUUUCUUUUGAGAUGGUUAAGAGCAAGGAAUUUUGAUGUUAAGAAAGCAGAGAAAAUGUUGCGAUCGGCAAUUGAGUGGAGAAAGGCAAAUGGAGCGGACACAAUACUGGACAAUUAUGAGGGGAUAGAAGUGAUUGAAAAGUACCGGACUGGAGGGGUGUUAGGCCAUGAUAAAACUGGCUGUCCCAUAUAUAUUGACCCAUAUGGCCUUGUAGAUAUGAAAGGACUACUAAGUUCUGUUAAAAAGCAGGAUUUGAUGCGAAAAUUUAUACAUGUCAUGGAAACCAUUGCCAAAACAUGCGAAGAGGAAUCUGCAAAGACUGGAAAGAUGCUUGACCAGAUAACUGUCAUAUAUGAUUUAAGGAAUAUCGGAGUAAAACAUAUGUGGAAGCCAGGUGUGGAUAUGUACUUGGCCAUAGUAGAUGCAGCAGAAAGCAAGUAUCCAGAGGUGCUAAAACGGGUCUUUGUUAUUAACAGUCCCAAGUUUUUCCCUCUGAUCUGGUCUGUUGUCCGACCAUUUCUGCACGAGAACACUGCUAAGAAGGUUUUAGUUUUAUCUGGCAAUUAUAAGGAGGAGCUUCUGAAGGAGAUUGAUGCUGACCAGCUUCCAGCCUGCUAUGGCGGAACAUUGACAGACCCUGAUGGCAACCCACGCUGUGUAACUCAUAUCAAUCAAGGAGGCCAAGUCCCGAAGGAAUACUACAACCAGUCUGUGCCCCAUGGUAAAAUGACCACAGUCAGUAUUGGCCGGGGCUCAUCCCUACAGCUCGAGUUUGAAGUUCACAGACCCAACAGUGUGCUCAGGUAUGAAUUCCAGACAGAGGACCAUGACAUCGGCUUUGGAGUUUUCCGAAAGGUAACAAAGGAGCGACUCCGUGCUGAGGAUAUGACCACGGUGUUACCCACAGAACGAAGCAACUGUUAUCUAGUUCCAGAAGAUGGUGUCAUAGAAUGUGAAGAGCCUGGCAUUUACGUUGUUCGGUUUGACAACACAUACAGCUGGGCUCGAAGCAAGAAACUGCACUAUCUGAUAGAGGUGCUAGAAGUGCCAUCAUCAAAGACUGGUUCCCAGAGUCCAGAGGAGGAUUUUGCACAGGCACAAGACAAUUAGUCUAGCACCUAAUAUUAGUUAGGUAGUUAGGCAGAUUCUGCAAUUGAGAACCAUUCCAAGAGUUUAGCAGUUCUCUAGUCAUGCAUAUUUUCAAAAGAGUUUGUGCAAUAGACUAGCGUGGAAAUGUACUUGAUUUUGGAAAAUCCCACUAAUGUGGCGGUACUUACCAAGUUUACAAGCCUUUCAAAACAAAAUACUCUAUCAGCCAUAAUUAUUAAAGUGAAAAUACCAUUGGUUAUAAACAUAAAAUGUCCAUAUAAUUGCUCUUACAGAUUAGAUGGGUUUUUACAAAGUUACUGAGUUCUGAUAAUCAACUUUUGAGAACCAGUGUACAAUUUUAAUAGCAGUUUUUCACAAAUGCAAUAUGUUUCACGCAAAGAAUUGACAAUUGAGAACCAGUUAAUGUAAUCGGAUACAAGUUGACAGCAACAUUUCUCUAAGCUUCCCUGCAAUUGAGAUCCUGUCCUUAGAUAUUGGUGGAUAUUACGUUUGUCUUUUGUCUGAAUAUUUCACUAAAAGAUUGGGAACAGAUUUCAUGUUUUGAGUAGAUAUUCUCAUACAUUCCAGAAUUGAGGUCCAAAUCAGUGUAUUUCGUUGAAAUUUUUGGGACAUUUAAACGGGACUGUCGCUACUGGACACCUUAAACAAUAUUAAUUUCACCUUUACUUUUGGGAGCAGUCAGUAUAGUGCUAACAACAUUUGGAAUUGUCUGGCCAAUAUUGAGGAUAAAUGUGUUUAAAAAUUUCAUGAACACAAAUGUUUACCAUGUGGCAGAAGUAUACACAAAGCAUGUGACGUUAUAGAGUGUAAUGUAUGCCUCGAUUUGAAUUCCAAUUUGGACAGGGUAUUAUCGUCAAACUUGUGCAAAUAUUUUUACGUGAUUUCCAGACACCAAGCACUGAUCUUAUCUGACAGACACCAAGCACUGAUCUUAUUUGAAAGACACCAAGCACUGAUCUUAUUUAACAGACACCAAGCACUGAUCUUAUCUGACAGACACCAAGCACUGAUCUUAUCUGACAGACACCAAGCACUGAUCUUAUUUGACAGACACCAAGCACUGAUCUUAUCUGACAGACACCAAGCACUGAUCUUAUUUGAAAGACACCAAGCACUGAUCUUAUUUGACAGAAACCAAGCACUGAUCUUAUCUGACAGACACCAAGCACUGAUCUUAUUUGACAGACACCAAGCUCUGAUCUUAUUUGAUAGACACCAAGCACUGAUCUUAUUUGACAGACACCAAGCACUGAUCUUAUCUGACAAGACACUAAGCACUGAUCUUAUUUGACAGACACCAAGCACUGAUCUUAUCUGACAGACACCAAGCACUGAUCUUAUCUGACAGACACCAAGCACUGAUCUUAUCUGACAGACACUAAGCACUGAUCUUAUUUGACAGACACCAAGCACUUAUCUUAUCUGACAGACACAAGCACUGAUCUUAUCUGACCAAUCAUUAAAUGAACUCAAAUUAAGAUAAAAAAAAAUGUAAACAGAUGGAAAAAAAAGUAAAUGCAUGUGAAAGAUCAACUCGUAUUUGUUUGCAUCCAAUAUGUUUUGUAUGCAAAACGCUGUUAACAGAAUAUACAUGCAUAUUUAAGCCUCAGCUUGAAUAACAACAGGAUGCUUAUUGAUAGCAAUGAUCAACCUCGAUCAUGCAAGUAUUAUAAUUGAGUGGAAAAUAUGGUUCAAUGAAGUGAUGGGUAGCGAUGUGGUAAGUUUAAUCUAGAUAGAGCUAGAUUAUGGGAUGUUGUUGUGAAAUUAAAAAACUUGCAUCAUUUUUGAAUAAUAUCUAGACAAAUUGCAUCACAUCUGGAUGCGUAAACAAACAGCCCAAAAACGUAGCUUUCCCUCCAAGAUCAGGGAGACUGGAAUGUAUGGCUAUUGUAACAGGAUGAUAUAACCUCCCUGUAUGCUAUGUGAAUUUUCUCGUUUUAAAAUGUUCUUUCACAGAUUAGUUAUACUUAUUUGUUAUAUAUUAUAUUGAUGUCAACAAUACUAUAGGUAUUAUCUAAUUUUACAACUAUUAGAAGUAUAUAGUUGUAACUCAGUAAGGUUUAUGCAUUUUCUUAUAUAAACUUUAUUUAAUAAUGUGAACUUAGGAAGGUCUUUCCACCAGUUUAGGCAAAAUAAUUGUGUUGAUCCUGAUUACUAGUCUGAUGUACUAAUAGAACAGAUAUAUUUCAGGGAUAAAUACUCUGAUAUUACUUAGUAUAGACGUAUAAGAUAAAAUUAAUUAGUUAAAACAA